GCAUCCUAGAACAACACUGUUGACGUGUUGACAGCGGCUGUCAGAGUUCAGACUGUGAGCAUCUGUUUCUUACACUUGUGUGUGACAUUUCUAAAUUAUUGCUGAAAAUCACAGUGUUUUAAGUUCCUAAUCAAUCAAAAAUGAUUCACAUAAUUACAAAAUAAAAGCUAUUAUAAUAAUCGUCAGAGACUACACAUAAAUUAGCGAAUAAAUUUUCGAAACAUCAAAUAAGUUGAUUUAUGAGAUUCAUGAACCUAAUAUCUCAUACUCGAUGAAUUCAUAGAGUUUAGUGCUCGUUGAAAAUUUAAAACUGAUUUCUACCAUGUAGUCCUUUAUAACGGUAGACAAAUUAUAUUAAGAAAUUAGAUAUAGGUUCACUUUUAUUUUCAACAUUACUAGUCAUCAUUUAAGUGAAACGUUAAACUUAAUGCAGAAAAAAGAUUUAUGACAAUGAGAACCAGAAGGACCAUUGCCAUUCUCGGAGUAGGCUUGAUCCUUGCUUGUUGCAUGAUGAUCUAUUUAAUGAUGGAUUUAACUCUCUUCCCACCUGGGCAAGAUUCUAAGCUUUCCAUAAAUAAUAAUCAAUGGCUCCAUUUUGAAAACAGACUAACAAAAUUAGAAAAGGAUUUUGAUAAACAUCAUAAAGUUAUGAGCGCUUUGCAGGAACAAGCGGCAAAAAUCAAACAUAAUUUUAUACCAAACAGACAAACAGUCAAUCAUUCAAAUUAUUCCAAUAUUACAAUAUCACAUGUAGGAAAAAGUCUCAUGUGUAAUUUCAACAUUCAGAAAGUUCCAGAAGUUGAUAUACAAAUGUUAGAUUUGUACAAGCAAUUGGAGUUUGAUAAUGCAGAUGGUGGAGUCUGGAAGCAAGGCUGGAAUAUUAUAUAUGAUGAAAAACAGUGGCAUCCUAAUAGAAAAUUAAAAGUAUUUGUUGUGCCUCAUUCGCAUAACGAUCCUGGAUGGUUAAAUACUUUUGAAAAGUACUAUAUAUUUCAAACAAGAAGCAUAUUGAAUAAUAUGGUGACUAAGCUGAGUGAGGAUAAAAGACGCAAGUUUAUUUGGGCAGAAAUGUCAUUCUUUAAACUUUGGUGGGACGACCAAUCCAAAGUAAUAAGGGACGAAGUGCGUCGCUUAGUACAUGAUGGACAAUUGGAAAUCGUAUCGGGAGGAUGGGUAAUGCCUGAUGAAUCUGUAUCACAUUGGAUUGCUCAACUCACACAACUAACUGAAGGUCAUCAGUGGCUAAAGUAUAAUCUAGAUUAUACACCAAACUCGGGAUGGGCUAUUGAUCCUUUUGGCCUCUCUCCCACUAUGCCGUAUCUCUUAAAGAAUUCAGGCUUAGAAAAUUUCUUGAUACAAAGAGUUCAUUACUCGGUUAAAAAGAGACUGGCCAGGGAUAAGAAUUUAGAAUUUCGCUGGAGACAAUUAUGGGACAACGAUGGCUCCACAGAAUUGUUCACUCAUGUUAUGCCAUUUUACAGUUAUGACAUUCCUCAUACAUGUGGACCAGAUCCGAAAAUAUGCUGUCAAUUUGAUUUCUACAGAAUGCAGAAUUUUGGUCUUAGCUGUCCAUGGAAGAUCCCACCAAAAACUAUUACUAAAUCAAAUGUAGCAGAGAGAGCAAUGCUUUUGUUAGAUCAGUAUCGUAAGAAGGCACAGCUUUUCAAGACUCAAGUGGUUCUUGCACCUUUAGGCGACGACUUUAGAUAUACACAUCUCGCUGAAUGGGAAGCUCAGUAUGAUAAUUAUCAAAAACUUUUUGAUUACAUGAACGAAAAUCAACAUUUGAAUGUUCAAAUACAAUUUGGAACUUUGAGCGAUUAUUUUGAAGCAGUCAGAGAGAAACGGAAUUUAAAUGAGUUUCCUACUCUGUCCGGUGAUUUCUUUACAUAUUCGGAUAGAGACGAUCAUUAUUGGAGCGGUUACUAUACUUCUAGGCCUUUUCAUAAACGAUUGGAUCGUGUAUUAUUGGGUUCUUUGAGAGGAUCCGAAAUAUUAGCUGCUAUAGCUUGGGCAAAAGGUAAUGAUCAGCUAGUGGAAGGAAGUCUUGCAUCUCGUUUGAGCAAGGCCAGAAUGUGGCACUCUCUGUUUCAACAUCAUGAUGGAGUUGCUGGAACUGCCAGAGACAAUGUUGUAAUAGAUUAUGCCCAAAAGAUAAUAAUGGCAUUGAAUAAUUCGGCUCAUGUACUUCAACAAUCUGUAGCACAUUUAUUGAAAAUUCCACAAGUAUCGUCCAUAGAUGUGGAAGCUGUAUACUUCUCAUUAGAUGAAACUAGGUCACAUCAUACAAGUGCAGGUGAGAAGCAUGUCCUUAAUCUUGGUGACGAUAGUCCUUCGAGGAAGAUUAUCCUGUACAAUUCUCUUCCAAGGCAGAGAACGAAAGUGCAAACUUUGAUUGUAUCAACACCAUUUGUCAGAGUUACAGAUCGAAAAGGUCAAAUUGUCAAAUGUCAAAUAUCUCCCUUUUGGAUUGGUUCGGCUGCAUUGUCUGCGGCUAGAUACGAGCUAUCUUUUUUAGUUACUGUACCAGGAUUUGGUAUCACUACAUACUUAGUUCACGCACUACAUAAAGCAUCGUACACGAAGCAAGUGUAUCCGGCCAAUGUCACUAUCUUUAAUACUGACAUUAAUCUUCCAUCAGUGCCAGGUCUCGGUCAUCUGACGAUUUUACCGCAUAUGCAGGAAUUCUCAAUCAGUCAACGGCCAGAAUUGUCCGCCUCUUUUGGAAAAUCUGGUCUGUUGAAAGCUCUGCGAGUUGGCAAUGUCACGUUUCCUGUGCAUUUGGAUUUUGUAAAAUAUGGUACUAGAGGCUCUGGCAAAGACAAAAGUGGUGCUUAUUUAUUCCUGCCCGACAAACCGGAACCAGAUCCAGUGUUUAUGGAUAGCAGGACGAUCGUUCAUUUAGUAACUGGACCAAUUUUGUCGAGAGUGUUCAUAGAAUUGCCGCAUGUGCGACAUACCUGUACACUGUUCAAUUCUCCUGGCAGUGAUGGAUUUGGAUUGCAUAUACUCAAUGAAGUUGACAUAACAGAAACGCAAAAUUACGAACUUGUAAUGCGUUUCAAUACAGAUAUCGCAUCCGGCGAUCAAUUCUUCACGGACUUAAACGGGCUCAAUAUGAUCCGGCGUCAAAGAUUUCCAAAGCUUCCCACACAAGGCAAUUAUUAUCCAAUGGCAGCAAGUGCAUAUAUAGAAGAUAAAAGGGUUAGAUUAACAAUCGCCACAGCACAGCCAUUAGGUGUAGCCUCUAUGGCAUCUGGUCAACUUGAGAUUAUGCAAGAUAGAAGAUUACUUCAGGAUGAUAAUCGAGGAUUAGGGCAAGGCGUAAUGGACAAUCUAUUGACAAAUCAUAUGUUCACAUUAAUUUUAGAGAAGAAAGAAAUGAAUUGUCCCUCUACUGUACCGUCAGCAAAUUAUCCUGCAGGAUUGUUGUCCUUGGGUAGCCACUUAGCUUCGGAAGAAUUACUACAUCCAGUUAUAGCGCUGCAUCCUCACAAUUCUCUGCCAUUCGAUCUGCACGCGCAUUUCUCACCGCUUCGAUACGAUCUUCCAGUAGACCUAAACAUCGUUAGUCUCCGAGUGUUUCCCAUUCCCGAAGGUGCCGGCAAAGGUAUCGGUAUGGUGUUGCACCAAUCAGCCUUAGAUAUUUGCUUCAACAAUUCUCUUCUGCGACACUUUAAUGUUUCGGAAUCAGGAGAGAUUGAUUUGACGAAAUUCCUCAACGACAUGGAAGACUGGACUAUAAGUAAAGCGCCUCUUACGUUCCACAAUGUUGGACCGUCUCUGAAGUCGCCCAUUAUAAACUUGUGCCCCCAUCAAAUAUUGCCGAUUUUGUUUCAUAAAACACAGUCUUAAUCAGGAAAAAAUAUAUAAGAGAAACUCAGCAUGUUUUGUUUUCUUUUUAUCCAUGUAAAUUUUGUUUACUCAAGAUUAUAUAAUCCAAGUGUGCUGAGGUUGGACUCGAAUUAUCUAACUUAUAUCUGAAAUACAUACAUACAAUUGUUAUCA